AGUGACAAACAACUUAUAAGUUAUUGUUCUCGUUAUGGUCUGAUAUUAUCGUGUACAAAAACUAUAAUGGAUGAUUUUGCCUAUGUUGAGUUUUACGAAUCAUCGUCUGUCGAUUUGUUUUUUAUCCAAAUCACCGCAUACUGUAAAUAGUCGAUUAUUAACAGUUGGUUUUAAAAUACAACAAAUUUCAGGUGAGAAGAACCGUCUUAUCGCAGAUGAGGAUCCUACGCGAGGAUUUCCAAACAUAAUGUUACAAAAUCAACCCUGUAGCCUCUAUUUAUAGAGUCUUUGUUUAUCUAUAUUUUAGAUGAUUUAGUCGUUGUCGGUCGUUUAUUUGUUGGUCGUGUAGACCCAACAAUAAAUGUAGAACAGUUAAAAGAAUACUUUAACAAAUAUGGUUCGAUUAAAAAGUGUGUUAUCGAUAUCAAUGGAAAAUAUGCUUUGAUUGAUUUUAACAAUGACAAAUCAAUUGAGAAUAUUUUAAAAUUACAAGAAAAUAACAAAUUAUAUUCGAUUCAAGGAAAAUAUUUACAUCUCAAUAGAACAAUGAAUACGAGUGUACCAAGAUUGUGAGUGAACUGCUUGAAAAUAG